AUGGACUCUCCCGCGAUCUCGCGUCCCGAUUCGUCAGAAUACAAAGGCGACAGACUGUUCAGACGUCGUAAGCCCAAUCGGUCACAAGCAGGGCGAACGACAAACACGCCAUUAGUAUAUCGCAACCUUUUCAGUGUGCCUGUAGCCCUGCACCUUGCUGUGCCCGUCAUCUACAUCGUGCUGUGCAUCGUGCGGCUAAUCGGGGUCGAGAACAACAUCCACGUCCCCUUAACCAGUGCUUCCCGCACUCAGACUUGGAUCAACUUGGCUAGCCACAUCGUGAUGCUCGCUCUCGCGACAGGUAUCAUAGCCUUGAUGCAGCCCAUUGCGACGCGUUCUCCUUUCGGCAACCUCCCGCAAUCGCUCACAGCGCUGUCCGACAAAGUAUCCACUUGGAGUGGUCUCGGUUCCUCCCUACUCAACCUCUGGCACAAUCUUCGGUAUCCUAUCACACUCCGCAACGCCUUUUUGAUCACCAUCUACUUCGCCGCUCUUUCAGGCCUGGGAAUCAGCUCUUCGUUCUUGUUUGACGUUCCUACGGUCAAGUCAACGAACGUCACCAGGGCGGCCACUCGUAUCGGGUCCCCAUCCGUGAGCGCGCUUAUUCCGCUCACCAUAGAUGGCAUCCCCAGCGACUUCUCGAACAUGACAUUUGACUGGUACCGCUCUGGUGUCAGCGUCGGCAUGCUCAUCGAGGACAAUACGACAGUCUACGCAGGUCUCAGUGCGAACAGGAUCUACGACACGCUCUCGCUCGCGAUGCCUUCUUCUGCGAACGCUUCCGCAUUGGUCAACUACACAGAUUUCAACGUCAAGUGCGGCGCGGUGCCGGGGGUGUCACUCGAAGCCACUGCGCCGUUGGAGACCAUCAGGGAGGUCAUUAGUGCAGCAGGCAAAGCUACGGGUGGCUUCGACUCGCGGGAGUCCUCGCUGUUGCAGAUCAACUAUACGCUUGGGGAUCAGCCCAUGACGCUUUACGACAGUUUAUCUGUAUCGUGGACCAAUACUUCUUGGACUGUCGGUCGGUUAUGGCAGCCAGCAGAUGUGCUAGUGCGCAUCCCUACGAGCCCCCUCAUACCGGGUAUCGGUCGCAAUCUCAUUCUAUACAACAUCUACAACGAGACCGGCCUUGUUUCGGGCAGUCGACCUAUUCUCGAUGCCAAGAACUCGACAGGCUCGCCGUGGUCGCUCAAUAUACUGCAACCUUACGGAUACCCAACGAAGACGACAGGGAUGAUGAUUCAAGCUAUCGGUUGCUCCUUGUCCACCAGUACCGGGCAGGCUGUGAUCGAUGCUACCACGAACGAGCUGAUCGAGAAGCCAGAUCCCUGGCAAGGAGCUAGCUCAAACAGUACAUGGGAGGGCUGGGAGCCGGACCUGGCGCAGUCCAACUCCUUGGAGGACACGUGGGCGUCCAUGUUCUUGCCGAACGGGUCACUCAGUCUUUGGGAGGAUCAACCUACGCCGCCUAAUGGGCAGUGGUCCUGCAUCGACUAUCUUCCUACUAACGCAACCGAAGCCGUGAACGACUCUUGGACCAUCGAGCAGUUGCAGUUGAUGUACCAGAGCUGCCAUAUACCCAUGCUUAUUGAAGACUAUCUCACAACGCGCCUUUUCGGCCCUUCAUCGAUGCGCUACAACGGACUCGCUGCCUUCCUCGGAGACGUGACACGAGACCCUUCACAGGCCAACGCCACCCUAGGAGCACUGGAGUCAACUCUUGCCAUGCUGUUGCCAUGA